AUGAAGUUCCAGAAAAACUUACUCGCCCUUGCAGGGGUCAUCCUCGGCCUCUUACAGCCCGCCUAUGCUCGAAGGCCGUUGAAGGUGUUUGACCUGACCCUGACAUGGGAAAAGUACGCACCAGAUGGCUUUGCAAGGCAGAUGAUUCUCAUCAAUGGUCAAUUCCCAGGACCCCUGAUCGAGGUCAACCAAGGAGAUGCGGUAGAGAUCCGUGUGCGUAAUCGUCUACCCGUCAACACUACUGUGCACUACCAUGGUAUCGAAAUGCUUCGCACGCCUUGGUCAGAUGGUACCCCUGGCUUAUCUCAGCGUCACAUUCAGCCUGGUAGGGAUUUCACGUACCGCUGGAAAGCGACACAGGCCGGAUCGUACUGGUACCACUCGCAUGAGAAGAGCCAGACGGAAGAUGGCUUGUACGGCCCGAUCAUCAUCCAUCGCAAAGCCGAUGCUGCCAGGCCGUUUUCGCAGAUUUCUUCGGAUCCUGCUGAUAUCCGGGCCAUGCUUCUUGCCGAGGCCCACACUAAACCCGUGCUGCUCUCUGAUCAUCGCCACGUGACCUCUGAACAGGGAUGGGCAAUCAAUCUUGCGUCAGGCAUCGAGACGCCAUGCUAUGAUACUCUGCUAGUCAACGGCAAGGGCCGAGUUGACUGUUGGUCAGCUCAGAAGAUCGCCUCGCUAUACACGCCUGAACAGCGAUUCUUCCUGAGCUUGGGAGGAAAUGGAACCUCAUUUACUCCCAAAGGAUGCCUGCCUGCUUCCAUCAUUGCCAAUGUCUUGUCCAGGAAGUUCCCCACAAAUAUUUCCACUAUUCCGCCAGAGAUCUUUGAUGUAUGCACGUCCACCAAUGCCUCGAGCGAGGUCUUCACAAUCAACAAACAGCCCAACACUGCAGUAACAUGGGCCUCGUUUGACCUCAUUGGUGCCUUUGGCGUCAUCACGGCUGCAUUCUCCAUCGAUGGCUACUCCAUGUUCAUCUAUGCUGUCGAUGGCAACUACAUCACGCCACAGCCCGUCGAGGCGGUUCAACUAGCCAAUGGGGACAGGUACUCGAUCAUGAUCAAGCUUGACAAGCCUGGUGACUACACCAUGCGGACAGCUUCUCUCACGAUGCCGAAGAUGUUCACUGGUUUGGCAACCAUAUCUUAUCGCGACAAAACAUCGUCUGCGCCUCUCGUGACCAAUGCCACGAGUUUCCUCAAUGACGUUGGUCGUAACACUUCUGCUUCCGUCCGCUUUUUUGAUCAGUCCAAGAUGAAGGCGUUCCCGCCUAGACCAAUCGCCCAGUACGCUAACCAGACCUUCAAGCUGGCAAUGCGUCAGGUUGGAACUAGCUACGAUUGGGCCCUCAACAAUACCGUAUAUCCUAUGAGCCUCGAUGACCAGGCCCCCCUUCUCUUCCAGCCCAGCCCUGGCAGAUAUAACAACGUCACCAUCACGACUUUGAACAACACAUGGGUCGACAUCAUCUUCCAGGCUGUUGACUACCCAAUGCCUCCUCACCCUAUCCACAAGCACAGCAAUAAAAUGUUUCUUCUCGGCCAAGGCUUCGGAAUCUUCCCAUGGAACACCGUCGCCGAAGCAGCCCAGGUCAAUCCAAGCUUCUUCAACUUCGUGGACCCUCCGCGACGUGAUGGCUUCGUCACCCCUCCCGCUGUGCAGGGUCCCAGCUGGAUGGCAAUCCGCUACCAUGUCGUCAACCCUGGCGCGUGGCUACUGCACUGCCACGUGCAAAGCCAUCUCCGAGGCGGCAUGAGCAUCGCCAUGCAGGAUGGCGUCGACGAAUGGCCGACUGUCCCGCGCGAGUAUUUGGAUGCUCGGUGA